GGCUCAUAUUUAUAUUUUAAGUGGGUCUGGUGGGUGGGCUCUAAGGAGCAGCCUCUCCCCCGCCCUUCCACAGGAAGUAGUCCAAAACAUUAAAAAAAAGAGAUUCCCCCCCUUUCUCUUUUUACUUCUUUCUUUUCAAAACCAUCCUAAUAAUUAAAAGCAAUCAUUUUGCAAGGCGGCUGCUCCUCCCAGCUUGAAAUCUGAUCCUAACUGCUAUUGCAAAGAAAGUUGUGUGAGUGUGUGCGGAUGUGUUUGGGGUUUUUCUCUCUUUUUUUUUGCAAGAUGCGCGGAGGGGGGGGAAUAAGGAGGGGGGUGAUUUUUUUUUUCCUUUCAAAAAAAAGGGGAAGGAAGGCGGAUCCACGUGGUUUAAUCGGAGACAGACAGAGAUCCCAUUGUUCGCAAUCAAUAUAUAAAAAAAGAGGCAGCCGGGGCUUUUGGAGGGGGGGGGGCAAGAAUUAGAUGCGGGAAGAUUCGGAACCUGCAUUCAGACGUACAUCUUGCAAGAGGAGGAUUCCAACCAGUCGGUAUUUCUGAUUGAAAGCGGGAGGGGGGGAAAUAAGACGACGACUUUGCGACCCAAGAAAGCUAAAGUUUGUUCUGUGUUUUCUUUUUUCUUUUUCCAUCUCCUGAUUUUGCACAUUUUUUUAAAAAAAGGUUGAGUGGGGGGUGAUUGAAGAUUUGGGGGCAGGGGUGCUUUUUUGAGGGGAUGGGGGGGAAAUUAAUCUUCUUUUUUACCUUUUUCCAGCAAAGGCCCAAACAAAAACAAAAAGAAUGGAAAUCGGGACGGUUGAAAUUUAUUUAUUUUUUUGCACCGAGAAUUGGGUGUUUUGUUACCGGGUUUGGGGGGGGGGCGCGGAUUUAGUUGCACCUGGGGGGGCAAUAAUAGAUUAUUACUAUUUUUAACAGGAAGGAGUUGAGAAUCAGGUAGGAUUAUAAAUAUUCUCUUAUUUAUUCAAAGUCUCUCUCUCUUUUUUGCACUUGAGAGGGUUGGCCCCCUCCACCCAAAACAAUGGGUGUGUAGUUUUCUUAAAGAGUUUCUAAUUUUAAAUCUGAAUUUUAAAAAAUUGAAAUGUUAAAAUACUUCGGGGAGCGGGGGAGAGAAACAAGUUUUCCCAAGACUUUUACUUUUUAAGAAUCCAUCCGGUUUUGUGUUGCUAUGCUUUAGUUAAACACUUUUGUGCAUUUGCACGAGGUGGGGGCUUUCUCCUUCCAAAUUUAAGAUUGCAAACUGCUGUGCCUUGAUGGGGAAGGGGCUUCCUUUUUCCAGCGCUUUGUUCUGUUUUCAAUACAUUUUGGUGGGGGGGAGGGCGAACAGCUGGGUGUCCUUUUUGUUGUUUUAAAAGCAAUUGAAAAGUUGUGUAUUUAUUCCAGAUAUUUAUUUGUUGGGGUGCAAUCGGGCUGCGGAGGACACCCCCUCCAAUUUCUCAUGGCAUUAUCUCCAAUUUCUCAUUGCAUUAUCUGUUUAAUGAAAUCUGGUGUGUUGGUGCAGGUCAAUUUAAUAGUUAAAUUUCCAAAAUUGCUGGGCGAGUCUCUGCCCUCUUGUAAGUGUAGCAAACACUGAGACAGUGAGAAGUAAGCUUUUUUUUCUUGUGUGUGUGGGGGGGGAAUUCCCUGUUUUAAAACUGAAAAAAAGGCUAAAUUGGAGGGAGGGAGUCAUAUAUUUAAAGGGGUAACUUUGAGGGGAUAUUUAGGGUCUUUUCCCUUCCAUUGAAUGGGGGUUGUGGGGUCAAAAAACCAUCAGUUUUAAUGUAUGGGACUUGACUCACCCUCUUGUUAUUUUAUACGGGGUCCUUAGGGAGCAUAUAUAUAUAUAUAUAUAUAUAUAUAUGCCUAAUUUGGGGAAGAAAUUAAUAGAUUUUUUUUGAGACAACUGGGGAGGGAGCAUGGGCUUCCCCCAUAUUUUAUGGGGUGUUGGGUUAUUUGGGGGGCUCUUAGCCCUAUAUUUGACCUACAAUGGGGAGUUGCUGUGUUUUCCUGUGGGGUGCCCCCCCAAAAAACCCCUUUCCCUCUUUAAUUUUGAAGAAGCAUGGGCCAUUUUUGUGUGUGUGUUUGUAAGGGAUAGAUUGUGAGUUUGUUAGCAUCCAACCUCCUUUUUUAUAUAAAAAAUGGCAUGCUCUGUAUCCCCGAACCUGUUUUGGUGGGGUGGGAAGGGGAAGGAGGAAUGUGGAAAUGGGGGGGAUGUGUGUGUGUCAGAGGGUGUUCCCUUGUAGCCCUAAAACUAUAGGACCCCCAAAAUGGGAGAAAUUGGUUUCAUGCUAGGGGGGCUGGUUGUGUUGGAAUGGGUUGCCCCACUUUGUGUGGGGUGCAUUUUGGAGCAAGCCAAAUGGCAACAAAAUGGACAAGUUUUAUUUGGGGUCGGUGUCUAAGGCCUAGUUUACGAAUUUUCCCCUAUUCACAGGCCAAACUCUGGUUUUGUGACUUGUGAGAGUGCUUAUGUGAAAGGGAAUCAAUUCCCUGCCCCACAUAUUGCAUUAUUGGGGGGAGGGGAGCAGGCUAUCUAGGUUUCCCCUCCCCAUACUUAAUUAAAACACAUAUAAGUAAAUUAUUGGGGGUUUUGCCCCCUGACCCACUGUUAGGAUGGGGUUAGCCCAGGGGUAGGCAACCUAAGGCCUGGGGGCCGGAUACGGCCCAAUCGCCUUCUCAAUCCGGCCGACAUGUAAAGUGUUUUUACAUGAGUAGAAUGUGUCCUUUUAUUUAAAAUGCAUCUCUGGGUUAUUUUUGGGGCAUAGGAAUUCAUUCAUUUCCCCCCCCCCAAAAAAAAAUAUAGUCCGGCCCCCCACAAGGUCUGAGGGACGAUGGACUGGGGCUGAAAAAGGUUGCUGACCCCAGGGUUAGCCCAUGACAUUAUUUCCCACCUCCCCAAUAUUUAUGGGGGUUCUUACCCCGAAAUCUUUUGGGGGUUCUCGCUUUUUUGCUGCGGGGUAGAGAUAUUUUAUAGAGGGGCUUCAUCUAUUUGGCUGGCCAAAUUCGUUUCAUUUCCUAAAGGCCAUGUGGGGUUUAAUGUUUGGGGACGGGUUGAGCUAUUAGCCAGCCGUCCCCCCCCCCAAAAAUAACCCCCGUCUUUAUUUUGUGGGGUUAUCACUCCCUCUUUCAUAUAUGGGAGUUUAUAUUUCCCCACCACACAAACACAAAAGUUUGGUUCGUGGUCCCAGGGGCUGCUGUGGGGCUACUGCCCUUGCCCCCCAGUUUUUAGUGGGGGUGAGAGUUUGAGGGGUGCACCUUGUAAUGGGUUUGGGGGGUGGGGUUCCCCCCAAGGGUUCCUAGUGGGGAGCCAAAUUGGUGGGAAUUUCUCCCCAUAAACCCCACUUAUAAUUGAAUGGAGGGGUUUCCUCCAAAUUGGGAAAACUGUGGAGGUUUAAAUUGUACCUCUCAAUGUGGGUUUUUUAGGGGGGAGAUAAUAAUGCCCCCUCUUUCAAGGCUGGCAUGGGAGGGGUUCACUCUACUUAACCCCACUUCCCUGAAGAAUUGGGAUAAGGUAGAUCAUGUACUUACAAUUUGAGAGCCUUUUGGGGGGGGUGAAAAUGCCCCUUCUCCAUAAAGUUGGGAGUGUUUUAUGGAAGGGGGGGGGAAUAAAAAAUCAACUGUUCUGGUUUUUGUUUUAAACACCCACACGCCAAUUUUAGAGGGUGAUUUACUACCCCCCCCAAUAAUUAGAACUGAUACAAUUUUUGGGUCCCCUCCACAAAACCCUUCAUUGUGUGUUUUGGGGUGGGGGUUAAGCAUUUGAAUUAAAUUUCACUUUUGUAGUUCUUAAAUAGUGUUGGGACUGGGCCCAAGGAGGGACCCAGGGUUCAAAUUCAGCCACGAAGCUGACUUGGGCCACAGUCGCUCAAUCUCAAGCCUGACCUACCUCACAGGGUUGUUGUGAAGAUGACCUUGUGUUUGCUUCCAACUUCACAAUUCUAUGAAAUGGGGAGGAGAACUUAUGCAUGCCUUCUUAAGUUCCUUAAAGGAAAAAAGGCAAUAAAUAAAUAGCGUCCCAAAAAUUGUGUAUUUGGAGAAGGGGAAGAGGGCUAGGAGCCCCUGCCUCAGUUUCCUCUCUCUCACUCUCUGCUGUUCUGUUUUCAUUUAUAAAUUUCACAAAAUUUAUAAACCCUGUGAUGGUAAUGGGAAAAAACCCUCAAAAAAUAAAACAAUGCAAUUUUCAGUAAAAAUGGCAAAAAGCAUCUAUUUAUAACAUUUUUUUGAGACUUCUUCCAAGACUCAAGGCAGCUUACAAUAAAUGAAAACAAGGUGGAUAAAAGUACAGAAAACUGGGAAACAUUUAAAAGUCGAUGGUGAAAUAAGUAAUUAAGUGAUUAAAUAAGUUUUGAUGGAUGUAAUAAUGGAAUACAGAAUGGUUUAUGUAAAAUAUGACGUGCAAAAUGAACCAUGGAAAGAGAAGAAAGAAAGUCACUGAUAUUUUAAGGACGUUUAAACGAGUAUUCUAAAUUGUAAAACAGAAAAUUUAAUGAAAAUUGUAUUAUUAUUUUUUUAAAAAGUAAUGAAAUGCCAAUAGAAUCGAAACGGUGUAAUUGAAAACAAAUGUAUUAAAGUGCAGAUAAUAAUCCGUGAUUAACUCAAAAGGGUUCAGGACACACGUCAGUUAUGCCGUGGUGGCCUAGCGGUUAGAGUGUAGGGCUAGGAGCUGGAAAAGACCAGGGUUCAAAUCCCGCCGUGGCCAUCAUGAAGCUCACUGGGCGACCUCGGGGGCCGCCUCUCGGCCAAAGCCUACCUCACAGGCUUGUUGUUGGGUUUAAAGGAUGGGGGAGAGAACCAGCCACUCCUUGGAGGGAAAGGUGGGACGUAGAUGAAAAAGUGAAAUGAAUUCUGCCGUGACACCUCUUUUCUCUCUCCCCCCCCAUUGAUCCCUCCCCCCCUUUUGCAGGCGGGACGAUCCGGGGAGAUCGAAGGCGGGCGACCAGGAUGCCCAGGCGGAAAGCGACGGCGGCUUCUUCGGCCACCUGGGACGGUGCCGGCAACGGGACUGGAGGCACGCGCAAGCGGUCCGCCCUGCCUCGUGGGGCGCCCCCUCCGGGGAAGAAGAAGGCCCGGGACGGAGGGGGCAGCGGCAGCAGCAACGGGGGUGGCGGCAGCAGCGGGGACGAGCAGGACGGGCUGGCGCUGCCGCCUCCCCCCGUGGCGGCAGGAGGGGGCAAGAAGCCAGGCCGGGCAGGAGGAGGACGGGGCGCCGGGGAGCAGCUCCCCCAAAACCAGGAGUCUCCGCAGGCCGCCGUGGUGGUCAGCGAGCCGGAACACAGCAAGGAGCGCAUUGUAAGGAGGAAGAUGGUCCCAAAAUUGCUGUUUUUUGAGGGGUGUGCAUGCUGAUCUCUGGGGGUCUACGUGGCUGGAGAGGGUGGCUCUGUUUUGGGAGGGAAAGAGGGUCUCUUAUCUGGGGAGGUGCCGUGAUGGGACACCUACCUGUUUGGGGGGUUUCCUUGUGUUAGGGGGGAAGGAUUAGGAGUUGGGGACCCUCUGAUUUGGGGGGUGAGGGGUAAAAUACAGUGGUACCUUGGGUUACAUACGCUUCAGGUUACAGACAUUUCAGGUUACAGACUCCGCUAACCCAGAAAUAGUACCUCGGGUUAAGAACUUUGCUUCAGGAUGAGAACAGAAAUCGCGCAGCAGCGGUGCAGCAGCAGCAGGAGGGCCCAUUAGCUAAAGUGGUGCUUCAGGUUAAGAACAGUUUCAGGUUAAGAACGGACCUCCGGAACAAAUUAAGUUCUUAACCUGAGGUACAGGCAGGCAGAGCAUUGAUAUUUUGAAGGGGGUUAUACCUUGUUUUAGGGAGCAGAGAUUAGGAGUUGGUGACCCCCUAUUUAAGGGGAGAGGGUGGAGAGAUGGGAAUAUUGGCAGAGGGGGUCUCAUUCACUGAGAAGGAAGGAGUAUAUUGUGAGUGGAGGGUCUGAGUCUUCUUGGAAAGCUGUGUGGGGUGGGGUGAAGAAGAGAGGGACUCCCCUUUUCGGGGCUGGAAAUUAUAGGGCAGCCUUCCCUCAUUCACACAAAAUGUUGUUGAAUUCCAAACCCCAUUAGUCCCAGCCAUCAAGGCCAUUGGUCAAGUGCUAGGACCCCAAAUGUAUGGAGGGCAACAGGUUGAAGGCAGAUAUGGGGCUGCCUCCAUCUUUUGGGGAUGGGGGGCGGAGAUCAUGGGAGCCUCCCCCAUCCUGUUACCAUCUCCCUCUUCCUUUGCAGGGGUUGCAGACAAGGGAAGUUGGGUUCUGGUAGAUACUUGUGCAGAAAUGACAGGCAAAGGCUGUAGCUAGAUCAGGGAUCAUAGAAUCAUAGAGUUGGAAGAGACCACAAGGGCCAUCGAGUCCAACCCCCUGCCAAGCAGGAAACACCAUCAGAGCACUCCUGACAUAUGGUUGUCAAGCCUCUGCUUAAAGACCUCCAAAGAAGGAGACUCCACCACACUCCUUGGCAGCAAAUUCCACUGUCGAACAGCUCUUACUGUCAGGAAGUUCUUCCUAAUGUUUAGGUGGAAUCUUCUUUCUUGUAGUUUGGAUCCAUUGCUCCGUGUCUGCUUCUCUGGAGCAGCAGAAAACAACCUAAGAGGCUUGUAAGCCAGUGUCAGCCCUACUCCGAGUAGACCCAUUGAAAUUAAUUGACGUGGCUAACUUGGGUUCAGGCAACUGGGGCCGUCCCCUUACCUGAGGCUUUGGAUCUGAAAAGGCCCCGUUCCAUUUAAAUUGGCCCUAAAUUCAGAACAAUGAGGACCAGUAUCUUGCUUGGUUUUUUUAGGGGAAGGGCUGUGGUGUAGUGCUUUGCAAGCCGAAAACCCCACAUACGGUCCCUGCUAUUGCCCAGGUAGGGGUGGAAAGGCUCUCUGACUGAAAUGCAGCGGAGCUGCUGCUGCUGCGAGUCCGUGUCGACAGUACUGAGCUAGGCAGCAGACCAGCCCUCUGAGUCAGUAUAAGGCAGGUUCCUUUGUGGGAAGAAGCAUAGCUUAGCGUGAGAGCCCCUGCUUUGCAUGCAGAAGGACGCAAGUCUAAUCCCCAACAGCACCUCCAGCUAGGAAAAGACACCCCUUUCCUAAAACCCUCGAGAACCACUGCCAGCCGGUGUUGACAACGCUGGGCCAGGUGGACAAAUAGUUCGAAUCGAUACAAGCCUCCUUUCUGUAUGGCAAUGAUCUUGAGUUUCCCAAUUUCAUCCCCUUGCAGUUUCCAUCAGAUAUAGACUCUGUUCACAUUGGAGCAGCAAACUAGCAAGCUUCCUCCUGCCACCCCCAGCCCCCCCCCAAAACACACAACGUAUUUGGAGAACUUGGGGGGUGGCACUAGUUGGCAUCUGUUGCUGUUUGCAAACCCCAAAGACGUAGCAUGCAGCGAUUCAAGAUGUUAGGAUUGGCAUGCCUGUGUUAUAAGGCCACUUUUGGGGGGGGGGAGGUUCCCCCUCCCUUGGCUCUGGGAAUCCACGGGAGGACACUGAUGCUGAUGCUUGCCCUCCGCCCGCUAGGGGGGCCUGGAGGCUUCCCUGUCCGACCGCGUGGGGGCCCACCCACCCCCUUUCUCUGGGUAAGGGAAGUCCUUCAGAGCACAGAAGCCCGGCCCCUCCGGACAGCAGGGCCUGUCUGCAAACUCCCACAUUCCCACCCCCUCCUCCUCUGCCUUUUGUCUGCCUCCAGGCCUGCCAAGGCAAGACCGCAGUGGAGGGAGGAGAGAGAAUUGGGAGGGGGGGAAACAAAAAACAGUGGGCUGUUUCUUGCUUGUUAAAACGGCCGCACUAAUUUAUUUAUUUUUUUUAAGUUGCUGCUUUUUGGCUGCUGUGAGCACCAAACUUGCUUCCUCAUUGCCAGCUGCUGGAAGCCCCAGGAAGGGCAGAGCGUUGCUCUUGGGGUUGGAGCUUGUUUGCAGAUUUUCCAUUAUGGGCACCUAUGAGGACUAAGGUGGUUGACCAGCCUGAUCCAUCUCCUGCAGGACUCUUACAAAGCACUUCUGCAAUGUGACGCAGAAUGCCUGUGAUUGCCAAUUGCUGGCAACUGCCGAUGGGCAGAGUUUGGGGUCUUCCUUGAGGGUUUCCUUUGAGUGGCCCCAAAGGACAGGAUGCUAGACUAAGAGGGGCCCCCUCUGGCCUGAUCCAGCCAUAGGAACCUUGUUGCUUCUGUUUAGUGUGUACACCCCCUCGGUGUUUACACACAGCUCAAUUGUCGGAGGUAGCGAUUACCACCAACUGAUGGCUUUGCAAGCGGAUUGGGCAAAUUCUCAAAGGGCAAUGAGACAAUUCAAAGUGUUGGUGUUGACCUUUAAAGCCCUAAACGGCCUCGGCCCAGUAUACCUGAAGGAGCAUCUCCACCCCAACGUUAUGCCCGGGUGCUGAGGUCCAGCACUGAGGGCCUUCUGGCAGUUCCCUCAUUGCAAGAAGCAAAGCUGCAGGGAACCAGGCAGAGGACCUUCUCAGUAGUGGCACCCGCCCUGUGGAACGCCCUCCCACCAGAUGUCAAAGAGAUAAACAACUACCUGACAUUUAGAAGACAUCUGAAGGCAGCCCUGUUUAGGGAAGUUCUUAAUGUGUGACAUUUUAAUGUAUUUUAAACCUUUGUUGGAAGAUGGCCAGAGUGGCUGGAGAAACCCAGCCAGAUGGGCGGGGUACAAAUAAUAAAUUAUUAUUAUUAUUGUUAUUAUUAUUAUUAUUCUAACUACGAUGGCUAUGCUCUGCCCUCUGCAGUCAAAGGCAGCAAUGUUUCUGAAUAAUAGUUGCUGAAAACCACAGAACAGGGAGGGCUCUUGUGCUUGGGUCCCAGUAGCGGGUUCCCAAGGGGCACCUGAGGAUGCCGGACUACAGGAGCCAUUGGCCUGAUCCAGCUGGCAGCUCUUCCAUUCUUCCGCUGUCAGAGGCAGUUAUGCUUCUGAAUCGCAAGUAGGGUUGCUCUUAUGCUCAGAUCCUGCUUGAGAGCAUCUCAUAACGGGCAUCAGGGCAUCCGACUGGGAGAACAGGACGCUACACCGAGAUUAAAGGUCAAGCGGUGGCGCUGUGGUCUAAACCAUGGGUAGACAAACUAAAGCCCGGGGGCCGGAUCCGGCCCAAUUGCCUUCUAAAUCUGGCCCGCGGAUGGUCCAGGAAUUGGUGUGUUUUUACAUGAGUAGAAUGUGUGCUUUUAUUUAAAAUGCAUCUGCAUCGCUUCUCGGCCUUUUGGCUAAGAUCAAGUGUAGUGUAAAAUGUAUCUCUGGGUUAUUUGUAGGGCAUAGGAAUUUGUUCAUUUCCCUCCCCCAAUAUAGUCUGGCGCCCCACAAGGUCUGAGGAACAGUGUACUGGCCCCCUGCUGAAAACGUUUGCUGACCCCUGGUCUAAACCACUGAGCCUCUUGGGCUUGUCGAUCAGAAGGUCAGCGGUUCGAAUCCCCGCGACGGGGUGAGCUCCCGUUGCUCUGUCCCAGCUCCUGCCAACCUUGCGGUUCAAAAGCACACCAGUGCAAGUAGAUAAAUAGGUACUGCUCUGGUGGGGAGGUAAACGGCGUUUCCGUGCGUUCUGGUUUCUGUCACAUUGUCUUGUUGCGCCAGGAGCGGAUUGGUCGUGCUGACCACAUGACCCAGAAAGCUGCCUGUGGACAAACACCGGCUCCACCCCUUAGUCGCCUUUGACUGGACUUAACUGUCUAGGGGUCCUUUACCUAUACACCAAGAUUGGCCAUUGGCCAGAUCCAUUGGGCCCUUCUUACAUUCUUAAAACUUUUUUUAAAAAAGUAAAUCCCAGGUUUGCAGGAAGAGCAUACGAAAUUGUGCACACCCAGUCUUUGUUUCUGUGGUCAAGGUUUGGGUCCUGACUUGGUUGAGAGUGUGUGUGUGUUUUGUGCUGGUGUUGCUUCUAGUCCAGCCUCCUGUUCUCACCGUGGCCAACCAGAUGCCUGUGCGAAACCUGCAAGCAAAAGAUGAGUAGAAGAACCCUCUUCCUGCCCCCCUUGCGGUCUCCAGAAACUCAAAUUCAGAAGUGUUGCUGCCUGCAACUGCGAGGCAGAGCAUAACCAUGGUUGGCUAAUAGCCACCGAUUGCCCCUUUCUCAGGGAACUUGCCUGGUCUUCUUUUAAAGACAUCUGGGUUGGGGGCCGUUGAUGCCUCCUGCAGCAGUGAGUUCCAUAGUUGUGCUGCAUGAAGAAGUACUUUCUGUUAUCCGUCCUGAACCUAGGGUGUUUUGCAGUCUGUCUGCUCAAAAGGAAAUCCUGUUGACUUCAGUCUGGGACCUUUGUGUCCAACUGUGGCGGGACAGGAGAGCAUCACUGGGGAAAUCCAGCCAGGUGGGCAGGGUAUAAAUAAUAAUAAGAUGAUGAUUACAGUGGUACCUCGGGUUAAGAACUUAAUUCGUUCUGGAGGUCUGUUCUUAACCUGAAGCACCACUUUAGCUAAUGGGGCCUCCUGCUGCCGCUGCGCCUAUGCUGCACGAUUUCUGUUCUCAUCCUGAAGCAAAGUUCUUAACCUGAGGUGAUAUUUCUGGGUUAGCGGAGUCUGUAACCUGAAGCGUAUGUAACCCGAGGUACCACUGUAGUAUUAUUAUUAUUAUUAUUAUUAUUAUUAUUAUUAUUAUUAUUAUUAUUAUACUUCCUUCUGACAGAAUGGCACCUACACUCUUCCCUCGCAACCCAGACACAGCACCCGAAGUCAGCUUCAUUUCCUGUCACUCUUUCCUGUUUCUCUUUGUAGUGUUUUCUUUCUCUCUCUCUCUUUGCCGUGAUCUGAAUUGCCUCCAUGCCAGGCACACAAUGCUGGUGAUAAUGUCGUUUGUUGUUGCAAAAUGAAGUCUGGGGCGUGGCGGAUCAGGUGGGCUUUUGGAUUAGGAACAGGGCUGGAUUUAGGUUUGAUGCGGCCCUGAGCUACCGAAGGUCAAGGGGCCCUUUUAUAUGUCCAGCUGUCCUAUGUCAACAACAAAUUGUUGCUGGUUUUUGUGUUGAAUAUAUGCUAUGUCAGCGGUCACGUUGGCCCAGGGGCCGGAUAAGGCCUGAGACCCUCGUUUAUCUGGCCCACAGCAACCCCUGUUGCCACCGCCCGCUCUUACCAGUGCUGCGCAGGGACCCACUUCUGGGUCAGAGGAGCACUUUUUUUUCUUUCAAGUUUAUUGCGGCCAAAGCCAGUGACACUAAACAUCCCAAGAUCAGACAACAAGAAAUCAACAACAACUUCAGAAAAGAAAAAAGGUUACACAAGGGAACUUCGCAGUGUGCCAUUCGACAGAAGAGAUUUACGUUUCUUAAUUACUAAAGUGCAAAAUUUAGCCACCUCAUAUGAUACUGAGCUUGAGGAAUCUUCCAGGAGGUAUUUUCGAAGAAUUUCAGGGGAGGAUUCCAAAUAAUAUUGAAGGGGUAUAAAUUUUGAUAAAAGCGGUAAAAUAAGUUGAGCUCGUUCUUCACUAUAGAAUUCGCAAGAUAGAAGAAUGUGUGUGACAGAUUCUACCUUAUUAGACAUACAAGGGCAGAGACGCGCAUGCAUUGGAACCCGCGUGAAUUUGCCGUACAGCACUGCUGAGGGCAUUGUCUCAAAGCGGGCUCUAGAGAAGCCCAUCUAUAGGCUUCGCUAGUGAUGUUGGUUAAGUAAGGGGCAGCUGUAAAAUUAGGCCAAGCUUUUAAACAUCUAUACGUCUCUGGGAGUAGGGCGCCUUCUUGUUGUAAUUCGAUAUCAUAAAGUCUCCGAGUAAUAGUAGCUUUUGCCUUGUUCAGAGUUCCAAUAAAAAUAUUUUCAGGGUUUAGGCCAAUUUGUUUGAUCUUGUUAGUUAUUUGCAUAAGCCAAGGAGGAUAGGGAACUGCGGCCAGGAAGCAAGGUAAUAGACCCUUAGGAUUGUAAUGGAUUUUCAGCCAGAGGGAUAUUGCUUGUUCCCAGACUUUUAAUUCCACUCUGGGCAGUCCUGCCUCUUGCCUUAAGACUGCAUUAGGUGUACACUUAGGGGUAGCAAAUAAUGAUCUUAAGAAUUUAGAUUGUACUGUUUCAAGGGUCUUAAGGUUGGCAGAGGGGCUAAUUUGAGAGCCAUAUAGAAGUUGGGCUAAAGAUUUUGCCUGAAAGACUGUUAGGGCCAUCGGGAGGAAGCCAGCUCCUUUCCUUCUGAAUAAUCUAAGGAUAGCAUUUGCACUUCUUUCUGCUGAUAUAGCUGAUGUGGUCAAGUGUGCUGAGAAUUUGGCAUUAUAAGAGAAGUAAUGCCUAAAUAUUGGAAGGUCUUAGUCUGUUCAAUGGCGUUUCCCUUUACGCUCCAAUUAUCCUUCCUGAAGGAGCGGUUAAAAUGUACAAUUUUGGUUUUGGCAAAGUUAAUUGUUAGCAGUUCAGUGUUACAUUGGUCACUAAACUUUCCUAAGGCACGUUUCAGACCCACUUUGGUUUGAGAGAGAAGAACGGCGUCAUCCGCAUACAUUAAAAUUGGUACUUUUCUGCCAUUAGAGAACACAGGGGGGUGGGUUUCAAUUUCACGGCAGCAUGUGACCAGGGAGUUAACAUAGAUGUUAAAUAGGAAUGGGGCUAAUAGGCAUCCUUGUCUAACUCCUCUUUGGACUGGGAUUUCUCUAGAGAGUCUGCCGUCCUGUGCAAGUCUUAUCUGGAGGGUAUUGUUCUCAUGAAGCUUAAUCAUCAGAAGUAAUAACCUUCUGUUAAUACCCAUAUUGGCCAAUUUGGCCCAGAGCCUGCUCCUAGAUACAGAAUCAAAUGCUGCCUUUAGGUCCACAAAGGCCGCAUAUAAUGACUUUUCCAAUAUUUCGCAUACUUAUAGACAAAGUAAUCUAACACUAAGCAGUGAUCAAUGGUGGAACGUCCGGAUGUAAACCCUGCUUGUUCAAUUUCUAGCAAGUUGUUAUGAUCUAACCAUUCCCAUAAUUUUAGGCAUAGAUGUUUUGUAUAAAGUUUACAGAUCACAUUCAGGAGACUAAUUGGUCUAUAAUUAGAUGGAUCAGAGGGGUUGCCCUUUUUAAAUAUGGGAACAAUUAUAGCUAGUCCCCAAUCUUUAGGGAUUUCAGUUGUCUUGUCUAUAUAUGAAAAUAGAUUUGCAAGGACCGGGGCCCACCAGUUUAUUUGCGCUUUCAAAAGUUCAGCGACAAUGAAAUCACUUCCUGGGGCUUUGCCAGAUUUCAUUUGUAGAAUUAGCGAAGCGAUUUCAGUUUCAGAUGUUGGGGGCCAUGGUGUAUCAUUAUCUAAGGGGAUGUUAAGCGGCGCAGAAGGACAAUGUUCCCUAAACAGCACUUUAUAGUGCUCUUCCCAUGAAUUUGCAGGGAUUAUUGUGCCCUCAUUAGGAGCUUUGGUUUGACUGGAGAUGAUUUUCCAGAAGUUAGAAUUGUCUUUUUCUAUUGACGCUUUUAUGAGGGCCUGCCAGAUGAGAGAGUCUGCGGUUCUUUUUUGGUUUUUAAUAACUCUUUGUAGUUCUUUUUUUUAAGUUGUAACUCCAAUUUAGUGAUAGGGUUAGGAUUUUGCUGGAAGACCUUAAAGCAUUCCCUGAGUAUAAGUUUUGCCUGAGUGCAUUCGUGGUCAAACCAUUUUUGUUGGUAGGGAGUCAUUUUGGUUAGAUCUUCUGGGUCUUGACAAUAACGGUUGGAGUUUUCGGAUUAAUGUGUUAUAAUGGUCGAUUGGGGAGGUCUCUUCAGUGUCGUUGGAAGUCAGAUCAGCCCAGAGGAGUUGACCUUCCAUUGAUUGUGUCCAAAUACCAAAAUGGUUAUUAACAUAAGGGGACCAUUUAAUUCUGGAUCUACCUAUUUGUUGUAAAGCGCUAGGAUCAGGAGUCUGCGGGGCAAGCCCACAUCUAGAGGGUUCCCAAAAUUCAGUCCUUUUAAGAUUUAGGGGUAAAUGGUCACUUUCGGUUCUUGUAUCUACAGUAAAUUCAAUAUAUUCAUCGAAAAGUUCUUGGGAGACAAGGAUGUAGUCAAUAACAGAAUGCCUUAGGCCUGACCAGUAAGUAAAUUGGCCAGGGCAGUCCCCGAGGAGAGGCCGUUUAAAAUAACAAGGUUUAAUCUAAGUGCCAUUAAAAAAAGGCAUGUACCAGCAAAAUUGGUGACUGGGUCAAGUGAGUGACGCCUGAAUAGGGGCCAAUAUUCAUCAUUAGCAUUUAGGGGACCCAUUCCACUUUCCUUGAUUAAUUGUUCGUCUGAGUGGCCUAGCCUUGCAUUAAAAUCCCCACCAAUAAUUAAGGAGGCAGAGGGAAACUUAUUUGAGACAAGGAGAAUGCAGUCUUCCAGUUCGUUCCAGAUGUUUUUAAGAUCAGUUUGUUUCAUAAGUGGGUGAAUAUAGACAUUGAUGCAUAUAAUCUUAAAAUGGGUGGAGAAUAUUUUAACGGCCAAAAUCCAUUUUUAUCGAUUUUCAAUUGGAUAGGGAGGCUCCUAGAUCUGUCGAUACGAAGGUGCUCAAACCUCCCGCCGGUCUUCCGCCUUUUGGGCCGAUUGUGGCAGGGGAAUGGAAAGCAAAGUAAUUGUGUAGUUCGAAAGGAUUUUGCAUCCAGGUUUCUUGGAGCAGGAUGAUCUUGAACUGUGAUACGUAGGUUAAAACGUCUUUGUCCCUUGUUUUCGAUUGCCAUCCAGCAACGUUCCAGGAUAGUAGUAGGGGUGAGAGUCAUUUUGUCUCUUCAAUAGCAUCUAGGGUUUUCCCGGGGUCGUGGAAGAUGCAACCAUUGGAUGGUUGAGUCUCCGGUAAUGUGAUUAGGGCGCCACAGAGAUUUCGGCGUGGAUUUCAGAUGGGCAGAGUAGAGGUGUGUGUUCUGCCGUGACCUGAGGAGAUUCAUGACCCAUUUUUCGCUCCAAGUUAGGUGGAAUAUUUGCCUCUUUUAUGGGCGCUAGAUCUUCAAAGUUGCGGAGAUAGAGUAAUAACUCAUCUAGUCUGUCCGUUAUCUCUGUUUGUUCGGCUUUUGGCAGAUGGGAGAAGGAGACAAGUAAUUCCUGCUCCAUCGAAUUCUCAAGAUGAGUAGCCUUUGAUAGGAGGGGCAUGGGGGUCUCUGUCCAACUAAUUAAGUCUGAGGGUGGAGAGGUAGAGCUCGUAGUAGAUGGAAUGCCCUCAUUUUUAAUUGCUUUCCUUUUAACUGGAGAGUAGGGAAUAAGAGGGCAAAUCUUAGUGUUGAUAAAAACUCUUGUGAUAAAAAUUCUAUAGUUAGUCAGGUAGCUUCGUAAGGACAUCAUAUAAGUUGGAAGCUUUUUGGAAUCAAAGGUGAGCAGUAUCCUCUGCAUGUGUGGCUUGCUGUAAAUGUGGACAGCGGAUUUCAGAUCGAUGGAAAGAGGAUCUACGCCCAGAAGCUCAGCCAAAUGCCUUCUUGCGACAUGUGUAGACGACCAGUUAACAACCUGACCUUUGAAGGGAAGGAUAAUUAAACAAAGUCUAGUGGCUUGUAACGAAAGAUUAUAGGAAGAUAUGGUGUGUGAAUCUUCCAUAGAUUGUUCGUUUUCAGAUUUGCAGCCAGUCUGCGGGGUUAAACGUAAUAGGGCAGGUACUCUGGGUGUUGGUUCAGCCCUAUCCUCCGGUGAAACGUCUACAGGGCUGACAUUAACUUUUGGGGAUACAAAGGAUGUAAUAUUCUCUAAGGAGCCUUUGAUGUCUCUUAUAUAUUUAAAGAUACAGUCCACGGUUUUAGCCACUAGGUCUAACGUGGUAGAGUGUUCAAGCAAUAAUUCAGAGAGAUAGUUUGCUUGUUCUCCGAUGCAGUCUUCCGCCUGAAUGGGCAUAGUUGGAGCUUUUUGGGGCCUUUUGGUCUCGUGGUGGAGUUGUUUAAGGAGUUAAUGGGUUGUUUAGUGGGUGGUUCCUUCGGUGUAAUUUCCUUAUCUAUUAUCUCUGCUAAUGGCGAGAAACUGUUCGAGGUCGGAAUAUUAAAAGUGUCCUUUGUUUUUCCAUGGAAGAAUUCGCUGAUUUUGGUUUGCUUGGUAAGGGGCAAACAUGCCAUUUCCUCUGAGUCCUCCGAUUCUGUCAGAGGAGCACUGGAAAUAGCUUGUGUGCAUGUGCAGGGGCCUCCUACACGUGUGCAAACGCUAUUUCCGGUGCUCCUCCGACCCGGAAAUAGCGUGUGCGCACGCGUACGGGCGCACACUCCCCCGCCCUCCAGCCUGCUGCACGAUCGUCGCUGGAGACACUGGCCCGAGGCAAGAAAAGCUUGCCGAACCCUGUGCUAUAUGGUAAUUGAUGGACCUAAUAGGUAUCUCAAGCCAUAUGCACAUGUUGCCGUGCAACCAAUCCAUGCAGAAUGUAGGCACCCUAUAGAUAGAAAUGAGCAAACCGGUGAUAUUUUAGGGAGCAGGCUAGCAGGCGAGGUCCAUUACUUACAUCAUAGGAGCCUACACAAAACAAAGCACUGUUGCUGUAUGUAGGUUUUAUUUUAUUUGUUUUUUAUCUUAUAAUUUGGAAAUGUGCGUGCAGUGGUUUUUUUCCCUUUAAUUAUUUGGGGGGCCCCCAAGAGAGAGGGGCCCUAAGUUUUAGCUUGUUUAGCUUAUACAGUGGACCCUCCGGAUAAGAACUUAAUUUGUCCUGGGGGUCCGUACUUAGCCCUGGCGAAUUUCAAAUGCUGGAUCUGAUUCUUUCUCUUUUUCUCUCCCACCUUCUCUACCCCUCAUAGAAGCUUGAAGGAUCCAAGUUCAAAGGGCAGCUUCUGAUAUUUGGAGCCACCAACUGGGACUUGAUUGGCCGUAAGGAAGUGCCUAAGCAGCAAGGUAGGUAGAACUGCUACUUUUCCAGAUUACAGUGGAACCUCUACUCACGUACAGGAUCCGUUCCAGUGGUCCGUUCGUGAGUCGAUCCGGGUCACUGGGAGAAGUCCCAUUCUGCACAUGUGAAGUCGGCAGAAGCCGCUUCUGUGCAUGCGCAAAUCGCGGCAAACCUGGUAUUUACUUCCGGAUUUGCCGCAGUCGCGGGUCGGAUUGUUCGCGAGUAGGGGUGGUGGUAAGUCAAGGUUCUACUGUAUUUUUAAGGUGGAAAGUUCGGCCUGUGCAAUGUUGCUCAAGUUUGUUUUGUUUUUGAAAAUAAUUUUUAUUUGGUUUUACAAGUGUAGAGUUAUAACAGUACUGAUAAAUAUCAACAUUUAGAGCUUUCUCUGAAUCUCUAGACUUCCCUCUAUCCCCUCCUAUUGUCAACGCUUUCAACCGCAUAUUAUUAUUAUUAUUUAAAUUUUUAUUAUUUUCAAUGCAAAAUCAUAACAGAAAUUACAGACAUUGAAUCCAAAAUAAUACUACACAAACAAAAAAGAAGAACAGAACAUACAAAACAAACAAACAAAGGAAACAAACAAACAAAAAAAGACAAAAAGCAUACAUCUACAGAAAAAAAACAUAUUAUUUCAUAGUCCAUACAGUCGUACCUCCGGUUACAAACUUAGUUUGCUCCAGAGGUCCGUUCUUAAGCCGAAACCAUUCUUAACAUGAGGCGCGCUUUUGCUAAUGGCGCCUGCCACUUGCAUCCAGGGGCAAAGUUUGCAACCGGGAGAAUCUACUACCGGGUUAGCGGAGCUUGUAACCCAAAGCAUUCGUAAGGAGGGCAGUACGUAACACGAGGUUCCACUGUAUUUUAAAUCUGUCCAUACUGUCCUUAGUACUUGUUACAUUAUAAGUGUUCUUAGAAUUCUGCUGAUGUUUUCAUCUGCUUACGGUGGUCUCCUAAAUAAACAAGUUUGUUUUAAGCAUGCCUUCUCCAUUCCGGGGAAUUGGGGUACAAUUCACACCAGCCCCUUAGGCCUGCAUUCAUCAUCAUCUUGGGCCUAAGGCUGUUCAAGCGCACACUUCAGAAGGCCAAGGGUGCCCCUGAGCAUGUGCAGAUCUCAGCUUGUCACACCGCCCGUUAAGCACGGCCUGCUCCCCACAAUCUAGGGCAGCCUUCUGAAAACUGGCGCCCUCCAGGUGAUUUGGGAACUGUAGUUUCCUCUUCACAGAGCUGUCAUUCCCAGCACCAUCAACACGCUGUGGUUCCCAGGAAGUCGCAUGUGCAUUGGAUAGGCUUUAAAUGUGGAGUGUGGGUCUGCCCUACAACUCCCCGCAACCCUGCAAGGAGUUGGACCACAUGACCCUUGGGAUCUCUUCCAAGGCUGCGAUUCUAUCCCUGACUACUGGCUAUUGCCCCCUGGGGCUGGUAGGAAUUGUAGUUUUGUCUGCAGAGGCCCAGACUGGACAAGGCUGAUCUAAACACGUUUUAUAAGCAUUGUUGUCGCAACAUGUAUUUUCAGGGCUAGGCCGCUCCUGAAAUUAUUUUCUCGUGGAGCCUCUGUUGCUGAAUGGUUGUGUUUUAGCGGGUGGGGUUUCUCUGCCCUAUUAUUUAUCUCUUUUUUAUGGUGCUGUAUUUCUUUCCAUUUCUGUUACCAUCAGCUGCUCUUCCGUCAAGGCUCUUAGGCCUCAUGACAAUAGGAAAAACUGAUUUUUGAUUUGGGUUGGGUUUUCUUCUUCUUUUGAGAUGAAAAAUAUUUAAUCAUCCAGCACGUUUAUAACUUGACUACUGCUCGGUCCUUCUUGGCUAAGGGGAGUUGUGUGAGCACCAGAAAGAUAAAGAAUGUGAAAAAAGGGUACCAAAUUUAUUUAUAUAUAAAAUCUGUAACUCCUGUGCUCAGAGACCUGCACUGAAGGCCUCUACUGAUGUCUAAACCACUGAGCCUCUUGGGCUUGCCGAUCGGAAGGUCGGCGGUUCAAAUCCCCGUGAUGGGGUGAGCUCCCGUUGCUCUGUCCCUGCUCCUGCCAACCGAGCAGUUCGAAAGUGCAAGUAGAUAAAUAGGUACCGCUGCAGCGGGAAGGUAAACGGCGUUUCUGUGCAAUCGUCACGGUGUCCUGUUGUGCCAGAAUCAGUUUAGUCCUGCUGGCCACAUGACCUGGAAAGCUGUCUGUGGACAAACACCGGCUCCCUCAGCCUGAAAGCGAGAUGAGUGCCGCACCCCAUAGUUGCCUUUGACUGGACUUACCCAUCCAGGGGUCCUUUAACUUAUACCUUUUUACCAUAGGUCUGUUCCAGCUGAAGGCCUCUACUGAUGUUGCUAGGUUUAAAGUUAAAGGGACCCCUGACCAUUAGGUCCAGUCGCGGACGACUCUGGGGUUGCGGUGCUCACCUCGCUUUAUUGGCGGAGGGAGCCAGCGUACAGCUUCCGGGUCAUGUGGCCAGCAUGACUAAGCCGCUUCUGGCGAACCAGAGCAGCGCACAAAGCCAUGCUAAAUAGAUGGGGCUCUCUCAUAUCCAGGGCUAAUCUACCAUCAAAUUCUGGUCCCUGGGAUUCUCAAGUGGGGAGAACAUUGCUGUUGCUCUCGGGUCCUGCUUGCAUGCUUCCCAUAAUAAGCAUCUAGAUUUGCUAUUGUUAGAACAGGAUGCUGUCCGAUGGGGGAUCUGCUCACUGGCUCAUUAAGGCUCGCAUUUUAAGCUGCUGGUAUGUAUCAAAAUGCAGAUUGAGGGGGGGUGGACAGCAUUGCCACUCUGCAGAUUUUCCUUAUCUCUGGAGCUGACAUCUGUCUCCCAGCUCAGACUGUGGUCUCUUUGUUUGGCGCCUGGCUUAAAAGACAUCUGAGCUCAGGCUGUGAUCUCCAGGAAGACAAAAGGUUGGGGGGCAGGGGGGAGAGAGAGAGAAAGAGAAAGAAAGAAAAAGGCAGGCAGGCAGAAGGGAGAGGGGUUGCAAAAUGUAGACAGGGCAACGGAGCGCAUGUUGCGAUUGCAGAAGGGCCCGAGGGUCUACCCCUGGCAAUUUCCUGUUAGACAAAGAAGUGUGGGAAACAGAGGUCAGACAGACAGACAGACCUGGGAAGGAUGCUACCAGCUGCAGCAAAUGAUGCUGGACCUAUGAAUCAUUUGGCCCGGUCUGGUGGGAGGCAACGCUUUCCUUCUGACUUGGAGGGCACGUGUAAAUGUGUGGCAUUUGGCUCCCAGCGGAGAAAAUUAUGGAUUUGCAUCUGAAGGGUGUUUUUAGCCAUGGGAGAAAUGGAGAAGCCAGCCCUGUAAGGAAUGGUUGCAACAUUUAGGACUUUUUGGUUUAGUGCAAAAGGGGGGCAGGAUCAGCUAGACCUCUUUUAUAUUUAUUUUUUGUGUGUGUGUAUAUUUAUUGAGUUUCUCUUUUUUUAAGUUUUUCAGUUAAUAUACAGAGCCAGUACAGUGGUACCUCGGGUUACAUAUGCUUCAGGUUACAUGCGCUUCAGGUUACAGACUCCGCUAACCCAGAAAUAGUACCUCGGGUUAAGAACUUUGCUUCAGGAUGAGAACAGAAAUCGUGCUCCGGUGGCACGGCAGCAGCAGGAGGCUCCAUUAGCUAAAGUGGUGCUUCAGGUUAAGAACAGUUUCAAGUUAAGAACGGACCUCCGGAACGAAUUAAGUACGUAACCAGAGGUACCACUGUAUUGGGAAAGGCCAGAGUUAAAAUCUCCCCACCCUGCUAAAAAGUAAAUUUGGGGCCGGUCACUGCCUCUCAGCCUAACCUACUUCACGGGGUUGUUGUGUGGAUUCAGUGAGGAGGAGGAGGAGAACCUUGAAUUCCUUGGAGAAGAUAAAUGUAGGAUAUUAAUGCGAUGGAUUUAAAUUUGUAUUAUUUAUUUCACAAAAUGUACAUGCUGCCUGGUUGUGAAUAACAAAAAAAUAAUAAUCAAAGUUUGCAGAAAGAAUAAAAUGACGAUUUGAUCGGGGGAGGAAAAAAGCCCAGUUAAAAACAACUGUUUGAAACAGGGGUAGCAAACCUUUUCAGCAGGGGGCUGGUCCACUGUCUCUCAGACCUUGUGGGGGGCCAGGCUAUGUUUUGAAGAAAAAAAUGAACAAAUUCCUAUGCCCCACAAGUAACCCAGAGAUGCAUUUUAAAUAAAAGGGCACAUUCUACUCAUGUAAAGACAUGCUGGUUCCCGGACAGUCCACAGGCCGGAUUCUGGGCCUUAGUUUGCCAGCCGUGGAAUAUGCAGGAAUGGCAAAACUUACUGGAAGAAUAAGAAAACAAACUGUUUAUAAAAGAAUGGAAAUGGUUUAUUGAAUAUUUACAGAUAUAUUGUAAACAGAUAAGAACAUUGGCAGGAUUAUUGUAAUAACCUGCAGUUUUAUAAGAGUAUAUGUUUACAGUAGCUGAAUAAAUGAGCUAAGUUAAUUUGGAUAUGCAGACGAUACCAAAAUUAAAUCUAAGGAACUGCAAAAAGAGGGGGAAGGAAGUCAAGUUUUGAAAUGUUAAAACGAUUGUAAAUUCAGUGAAAUGUAUAAACUUAAAAAAUUUCAAAAGACAAAUGUUGAAUGGGUGUUAGGUAGCAUUUGUAGCCGGUUCCAUUUCCACAGAUCAAAGAGGUCAAGUGGGCAUUUAUGGGGCAAGGCGAUCUCACAGGUUAACUGUUCUCCAGGUAAUUAAGGUUUUUAUAUCCCAAGACUGGUGCAGGUCUCUGAGCCAGAUGUGGUAUAUCCCUCAAAAUCCCUUGCGUUUUUCGUAAUAGAUUCAGUUCGGUUUUCCUGCUUUCGUUAGUAGCUUUGAGUCAUUUUUCCGAUUAAGGUGACAGCAUUAUAAUAGCAGAUAAGAACUGUUUGUUGUUAUUAUUAUUGGUCAUUAUUGUGGGUUGCCUGGUGGAAAAUUUGUGCCAUUGGAAAUCUGCUUUUUGCACGGAGAGGAGGGGGAAAGUCAGGGGUGCCUGCCCUCGACAGGACUGCCUCAGCCCACCACCUGUGUUUCUUAAUUAUUAUUAUUAUUAUUAUUAUUAUUAUUAUUAUUAAGCCAUUACUGCCUUUCCUUGCAGCCGCCUACAGGAACCUGGGCCAGAACUUAUGGGGGCCCCACAGGUACGGCUCCCUCUCGGGGGUCCAAGUCCGGACAGUGGUCUCAGGGCCUUGCGCCGCUCACAGCCUGCUCAUCACCACCGAAGGGAAACUUUGGAGCUGGGGUGAGUGUCUUGAAUCUCCAGCAGGGUUUGCAUUUGGUAGUUUGCACCAGGGUAGAUUUGAUUUGGGACACGGGUGGUGCUGUGGGUUAAACCACAGACCCUAGGGCUUGCCGAUCAGAAGGUUGGCGGUUUGAAUCCCUGUGAUGGGGUGAGCUCCCGUUGCUCGGUCCCUGCUCCUGCCAAUCUAGCAGUUCGAAAGCAUGUCAAAGUGCAAGUAGAUAAAUAGGUACCGUUCCAGCGGGAAGGUAAACGGUGUUUCCGUGUGCUGCUCUGGUUCGCCAGAAGUGGCUUAGUCAUGCUGGCCACAUGACCCGGAAGCUGUAUGCCAGCUCCCUCGGCCAAUAAAGCGAGAUGAGCGCCUCAACCCCAGAGUUGGUCACAAGUGGACCUAAUGGUCAGGGGUCCCUUUACCUUUUUAGAUUUGAUUUAAAUCAAAUCGACUUAAAUGAUGAUUUAAAUCACUAGUCAGUAAGACUUGAUUUAAAUCAUUGUUUUAAAGAAGGACUCAUUCUUGCUGGUAUCAUCUUAAUAUUUACAACCAGGUGAAGGUUUCAUUUUUGGAAUAAUAAAUUGUCAGAGUAGUUUUUACAGUUCUAUCAAGAAUUACUGAUUUGGUUAUACUAUUAGAAAUAACAUAGACCAAUGAUUGUGAGGUUUAAUAAGUUAACUGUUUAUAUUUGGACAACUUUUAUGCUGUGCUUCAUUGGAAGGAGAAAAAUAAUCAUUUCCUAAAUAACAGUUUAAACAAUUGAUUUAACUAAAACAAUAACGUUAUAGCAUAUAUAUCCAUGUUUGUUAACAUGCGGUUAAAUGAUUGGUUUUUUUAACAAAAACUUUGACUGAGUUUUAUCACACAUGAAAAACUUAAAACAAAUCCUUAUUUCCUGAUGAAUAGCCUUUGAACUAUAAUGUAACUCUAAUAGAAAGAUUAUCUAAAGAUUAUCUUUAGAAAGAUUUUUUCUCCAAAAGCAUUUUAUUUUAAAAAUCCAAUUUAAAUUUUAAAAAAUCCAAUUUAAAUAAAUAUAAAAUCCAAUUUUUUAAUUAUCACUUUUUAAACAAAAAUCACUGGUUUUUAUCCACCCUGGGUGCAGAAUUCAGUGGUCAGGUUGUUCACUGGGACAAGAAGAUCUGAGCAUGUGACUUCAGUCAUAGAAUUGUAGGCUCAGUGCUGCAGUGGCUUGAAAAAUGCAUGUUCGUAAGUCUCCCGAGCCUUCUGCAUUCAUAGAUGUCCUUUGGAGCUAAAACUGCUAGGAGAAAUCCCUGCUUGUUGCAAGGGAAGGUUGCUCAGUGGUUAGAGUGGCUGCUUGGCAUGCUGAAGGACUCGGGUGCAGACCCCAUCAGCAUCACCAGGUAGCGUUGGGAAAGACCUCCCCUCCGCCCAAUCUGAACUCCUGGAGGGAUACUGCUGCCAGUCAGUGUAGACAACACUAACCCUAGAUGAGGCUUUAUUCUUCGCAUGCAUAAGGUGCCAUGUGAUUGCACCUUCUGGGGAAGGAAUGACAAAAACAGAUAGUAAACAAAACAAGUAAACAUCAUACAAUAGAUUAUAAAUAAUAAUACCUCCCUGACUUUUGGAAAGAGGAGGGAUGUAUACAUCAAUAAUAUAAAGAGUAAUGCAUUUUUGUACGGAAGUUAUUAUGUUCAUUUAUUGCAUAUUUUUGCGAAAUCAAUAAAAAUGUUUUGGGAAACAACCCCCCCCCCCAAGAACCCAGUGGCAUCUCCAGGGCUAGAAUCUUCCUUUAUUUUUCGUGGGAUCCAGCAGCUCUGCGACACAGCGUCUGCUUUGCGUGCUGAGAGUUCAAGGUUCGAAUCCCGGCAUCUCCAGGCAAAAGUGGGAAAGAGCCCCGUCCGAAAUCCUGGAGAGCUGCUGCCAGUCCGUGUGGGCAGCGCUGAGCUAGAUGGACCCCCAAGUUCUGAUUUUGAGAGAACGCAAAAUUCACCGCUUGCUGGGCUCCCGAUUCGGCUGCUGCUGUUUUUUAAAAGCAAGUUGCACACCUGUAAUCUGGGCUUCGCAGUCACUGUGUACGUGUGUGUGCCUAACUCUCCAGGACGUAACGACAAAGGGCAGCUGGGCCACGGGGACACCAAGCGCGUGGAUGCCCCAAAGGCCAUCGAAGUGCUCUGCAGCGAAACCGUCGUCUCGGCAGCCUGCGGCCGCAACCACACGCUAGCCCUGACAGGUAGGAGAGGCUCUGUCCAAUCUGUGUGUCCGUGCGUGCUUUUGCCUUCCACCGUGCCCUGCUAUUGGCUGAGCUGCUCUGAUGUCACGGAAUGCUCACCAGGCGGCUCAGAGGGAAAGCAGCCAGGAGGAGAACGUUACGGUGGGGAAACAGCUGUUCCGACGAGAGGCACAGAGUUGGUUUCUGGAGAGAGAAGUCUUGGACGAGGCCUAGGAAUCAGAGGUGCCGUCAGCAGGUGUGGAAUCUAUAGCUCAGUGGCAGAACACCUGCUUGGCAUGCAGAAGGUCUGUGGUUCAAUCCCCAGGGGUGUCUCCUGGUAGGGCUCUCGCCCGAAUCCCUGGGGAGCUGCUGCCAGUCAGUGUAGGAGGCGCUGAGCGCAGUGCACCCAAUCUUCUGAAUUGGUAUAAGGCAGUUUCCUAUCUUCAUGUGCUGCUUUGUUCAGAACGAUGAGGACUGGAAACUUGCUGUGUUGUCAAGGAAAGGACCAUGGUUCGCAAGAGGUGUUGGGGAGAGCAUGUCCUUUGCAUCCAGAACGUUCCAGGUUCAAUCCAGGUAGCAGAGCUGGGAAACUCACCUGUCUGAUGAUCCCAGGAGAGUCACAGCUGCCGGUCAGAGUCGCCAAUCCUGAGGUCGGCUGACCCAUGUUCUGACAUAGGCAGUUUUCCUUUGCUGCUGUUUUGAAAGGGCCACAGAGUCAAAAGCAGUGGGUGUUUAAGGAGAUAACAGAAAUCACUGGAUUAAAGCUGACUGAAGGUCCAUUAUUAUCAAUUUACGAUGGGAUGGGAGGUUCGCAGGCUGUGAAGUACUUGCUCACAAAUUUAUUGACAACUGCACGAAUUAUGAUAGCUAGGAAAUGGAAGGGGCAAGCAGAAUAGAAGAAUGGUAUAAAGAGGUGUGGGAUAUAGCGAUUAAGGAUGAAUUAACAUGUGCUAUUAAGGCAAGACGGAAUCCGCAGGAGAAAUGAUUUCGAGGAGAUAUGGAAGGUGUUUGUAGAAUUUGUAUUGUUAAAACGGAAAGGGGUCAAACCAUCGCAAGAGGUGUUGAGAUUUCGGGAGGUUGGAUAGUUAAAGUGGAAUGGUCUCGGGGGUGAGGUGCACAUUUUUAUUCUUAUUUAUUUAUGAUUUUUACUUUGUCAAAAUAAAAUAAGUCAAGCAGUGGGGCGAGGGAGGGCUUUGGCUGUGGGUCUCUGUAGCAUGGUGUGAAAGGGGAAAGUUGUUUGUCCAACCUUUCUGUUUCAGAGAGCGGUUCUGUAUUUGCCUUUGGAGAGAACAAGAUGGGUCAGUUGGGCUUGGGCAAUCAGACUGACGCCGUUCCCAGCCCCACACAGGUAGGCAGAGGGACUGCAUCCUUAUUGUUUAUUUAUUAUUAUUUAUGGAAUUUAUAUACCACCCUAUACCCAGGUGGAUUUCUUACAAAUGUGGAAUUGUUGCUGUGGCACCUUUAAUAGUGCCAGUUCCACCGAUCAGAGCAACAGACUUACAGUUUGUGCAGACCUAGUGAAUUGCGAGACUAGGCGUGUGACCCUUUGGAGAGGUUUUGUGAGGGUCGGCGUAUCUUUCAGCCUUUUCUAACCUCCCCCCCCCUUUUUUUUCUAGAUCAUGUACAAUGGGCAGCCGAUUACAAAGGUGGCGUGUGGGGCCGAGUUCAGCAUGGCAAUGGACUGCAAAGGGAACUUGUAUUCUUUUGGAUGCCCCGAAUAUGGACAGCUGGGUACACUGUUAAUUUCCUCCGCGUUUUGGUGGCGUAAGGGGGGGGCCGGGAGAGGGGAGCCUUCCCCUUCCUUGUUGUGUCCGUUCCUUAGUCUCUCUCUCUCUCUCUCUCUGCCCGCCCCCCCCAAAAUAGGGCACAAUUCCGACGGAAAGUUCAUUGCCCGAGCCCAGAGGAUAGAGUAUGACUGUGAGCUGGUUCCCCGCCGUGUCGCCAUCUUCAUCGAGAAGACGAAAGAUGGCCAGAUCCUGCCGGUGCCAAACGUUGUGGUGAGGGACGUUGCUUGCGGGGCAAAUCAUACGGUAAGACUUGGUCAUCCUCUGCUGCCUAGAUUGACCGUUGCGGCCAAUGAGAGUUGUCGUCCUAAGCACUUGGGAGUCCGGAAAAUUGCAUUGGGUGCAGACAGGGUGGAUUCGAUUUUAAAUCAAAUCGAUUUAAAUCACGAUUUAAGUCACUAGUCAGUAAGACUUGAUUCAAAUCAUUUUUUUACAGACUCAUUCUUGCUGGCAUCAUCUUAAUAUUUACAACCAGAGGAAAGUUUCAUUUUGGGAAUAAUAAAUUUUCAGAGUACAGUGCUGUCAAAAUAACAAUCCUUUAUACAACAGCUGCAGUAUUAACGACUUCCAUUUGUAACGACACAUUAAAUGAUUUAUAAACUUACAGGUGAAGCAUUCAAACUACAUCCUUGUUCUUCCUGUGUGUUGCAAUUAUUCUGUCCAUGAUGUUCCUUCCUGUCCUUGUAAAAUAUUAUAUCUAUCUUUUCCCGGUUGUUGCUGUUCUCCAUCAUGCCUUGGGCAGAGCUGAUAUUCUGUUGUUGUUCCAGAAAUAUCUCCAUUGCUCCAUUCCGUGCUUCAUUCAUUGUUUUGCAACUUCAACAGCAGCUGCAAAAAUGACACUGUCCCGAUAAAUACCCUGUUUUUGCCAUUUUUCUCCCGGCCUGGGAAAGAAGGCUGAUCUGUCGAGCUCCAAAUAACUCAGUAAUGAACCUUACCAACUUUCUUGGCAAGCUCGCAGGUUCCUUUCAAUUCCUCACCCGCUUUCUUCCUCCAGCUCGUCUUGGACUCUCAGAAACGCGUCUUCUCCUGGGGUUUCGGGGGCUACGGCCGCCUGGGCCAUGCUGAGCAGAGGGACGAAAUGGUGCCCCGGCUGGUGAAGCUUUUCGACUUCCCCGGGCGUGGGGCGGCGCAAAUCUACGCAGGCUACACCUGCUCCUUCACCAUUAGUGAAACAGGUAAGCCGCAGGCCUUGUCAGAUUUCAGGCUGCAAAGCCCAUCUGCAGAUGCCGCCUUCCUGGGAGGGCAUUGCACGACUAGGGGGCCACCACCGAGAAGGCCCCGUCAUUAGAUGUGUGCACACUAUUUGCAAAAAAAUAGAAAAGAUUAUUGCACAGCUUUUGCUGGAGUUGUGUGUUGGUUUAAGAGUGCCAGGGAGACACAACUAUGUAAUAAUAAUAAUAAUAAUAAUAAUAAUAAUAAUAAUUAAUUUAUUGUUUAUACCCCACCCAUCUGGCUGAGUUUCCCCAGCCACUCUGGGCAGCCUCCAGUCGAGUGUUAAAAACAAUACAGCAUUAAAUAUUAAAACUUCCCUAAAUAGGGCUGCAUUCAGAUGUCUUUUAAAGUUAAGAUAGCUGCUUAAUUCCUUCACAUCUGAAGGGAGGGCAUUCCACAGGGUGGGCACCACUUCUGCCUGGUUCCCUGUAACCUCACUUCUCGCAAUGAGGGAACCGCCAGAAGGCCCUCGGCGCUGGAUCUCAGUGUGCAGGUUGAACGAUGGGGGUGGAGGUGCUCCUUCAGGUAUACAGGACCGAGGCCGUUUAGGGCUUUAAAGGUCAGCACCAACACUUUGAAUUGUGCUCGGAAACGCACUGGGAGCCAAUGCAGAUCUCUCAGGACUGGUGUUAUGUGGUCCCGGCAGCCACUCCCAGUCACCAGUCUAGCUGCCGCAUUCUGGAUUAAUUGCAGUUUCUGGGUCACCUUCAAAGGUAGCCCCACGAAGAGCGCAUUGCAGUAGUCCAAUGUGCCGUGUAUAUUAACCGUAAGACUCAAUAACCCCCUCUUGUUCCCCUUUCUACAGGAGGCCUGUUUUUCUGGGGAGCCACAAACACCUCCCGGGAGUCCACAAUGUACCCCAAAACUGUGCAGGAUCUAUGCGGCUGGAAAAUCCGCAGUCUGGCUUGUGGGUAAGAAGUUGUGAUUUUAUACGAGAGUGAGAAAAAAGGUGCCUUUAUAAAAACAACAACAGCAAGCUGUCUCACCCAGAGUCAACCUUACCCUCCCUUCCCCAAGACGCCAGGGUUUUCUAACAGGACUGACCAUUUGUGUUCACCAUGCAACAAAAUUCUCUUCAGGGCUAGAAACUUGAGAAGUUUCACUUUGACCGCAAUAGCUUAAGUGCCCUCAAACCCCCUCCUUUUCUCCAUUUAUAAAUUUGCUCCCUCUCUUCUUCUGUUGAUAUGCGCAAAGGGGCAUAGAGGUGCCUUUCUAAUGGCCUCUAAUGGAAGCUAUUACAAAGAGCCAUCUCCUUUUGCAUAAUGAUAUAUUAUUAUUAUUUUGAGCUGAUGGCUGAAUCUGUUUGGGGUUCAGUCACCUUCUCUCUUUUUGCUAAUUGUCACUUUCAAGAGAGUGGUUUUCUCUUCUGACAGGGCUUGAGGGAGCCUCUAAAAUCUGCUUCUGUUAUUUUUGGUCUGAAGAUCCCCCUGCUAAUGGGCUUAACCUCCUGCAGACAGUGGUGUACUUGGAAAACGAAGGAAGGACUGGCAUCUCAGCCAUUUAGCAACUGGAAGAUUAUCGGGAAAUGAGAGGCUUGCUUCUAAGCAAGCAAGGACUGAGGGGCAGUUUGUAAGGGGGCAGAUGUCCAUCUAGAAAAAAGUUGUUUCCAUCUGCUUUAAAGGGAUCUAUAUCGUGCCUCUUUUCCUGCUGAAUUGCAACCAAGGUGGUUUUAUAUAAAAUGGUGCGCCGCUGUGGGAUAGGCCUCAGGCCCAAACCUCCACUCAAACCCCAUGGAAUCAUGCUUUUGAAGCCUAAUCUGCAUUUCAGGGUUGUUGUGAUGGGUAAAAUUGGGUGUGGCAUGGCAGUGGUCAAACAAAAAGCAGACCAGAUGGAAAUCAGGUGGUUAGAGCAUCUUUGUGACAUGAAGAAUGUCCCGGGUUCAGUCCCCAGCGUCUCCCGGAAAGGUUUCCUGUUUGAAACUCUGGGAACACAUAAUUCUUAUUCAAAAAGUGAAUUCCUAUUUGCAUAGAGGAAGCUUAAAAGGCCAUUAACUUGGUCUAAACAAGCUUCCGAAAGAACAUGGCAGCCAUGAAAGAGAAAAAUUAAAGAAAGAAAAGGGCAGUUGAAGUACCGAGGGAGAAAUCACCUAAGAAAUCGUUUUAUAAUAAUAAAAAUAAAAAUAAAAAAUAAUAUAUGAAGUGAUAUGAAAAAAUAGCAAAUAAAGUUUUGAAACAUAUACAGUGGUACCUCAGGUUAAGAACUUAAUUCGUUCUGGAGGUCCGUUCUUAACCUGAAACAGUUCUUAACCUGAGGUACCACUUUAGCUAAUGGGACCUCCCGCUGCCGCCACUGCACAAUUUCUGUUCUCCUCCUGAAGUAAAGUUCUUAACCCGAGGUACUAUUUCUGGGUUACCAGAGUCUGUAACCUGAAGCACCUGUAACCUGAGGUACUACUGUAAUAGAGAACUGAAUUCAUAAAUAUAAAAUAAUUUUAAUGGAAGCUUUUUCUGUAAUACUUUGAUCAUUUUAAUUGCUAUGCAAUAAAAUAAAGGUACCUAAGAAAUUCAAAAUACAUUCUGAUUUUAAUUUUAAAAAUUUGUAUGUCACAAUAUACAGGGUGCUUCAUAAUGAAGUAUACAGUUUGCAUUUGUACUGUGUACCUCGUUAUGAAUCACCAUAUACAGUCAUACCUCAUGUUGCGUCCACUUCAGGUUACGUGUUUUCAUGUUGCGUCCCGCGGCAACCCGGAAGUACUGGAACGGGUUACUCCGGGUUUUGCCACAUGCACAGAAGCGCUAAAUCGCGCCUCGCGCAGACGUGGCGCUUCGGCUUGCGUCAGUUCCAUGUUUUGGACGGGCCUCUGGAACGGAUCCCGUCCGUAACGCAAGGUUCCACUGUAUAUAUAUAGGAGGCCUCUAGAGCCAUAAGAAAUAUGUAUAUAGGAGGCCUCUAGAGCCAUAAGAAAUGCAAAAAAAAUCACUGUUAAUAACUCAUUCUUGAAUUGCCCUGCUUAAAAAUCAAAUUGCCCCCCCUGUGGGGCAUGUGCCUCAUGUUGGGAACCACAGGUGUCGACUACUGAGCUGGAUGAUGCAGGACAAAGAAGCUUCCUAUGCCUCUAGGAAUAUAACCAUUGUUAUUUGCAGCCCAUCUUCCCUUCAAGGGAAUAAUAAUAAUAAUAAUAAAUUUUAUGUAUACCCUGCCCUCCCCGGCCAGAGGGACCAGGGCAGCUAAAACCAGUAAAAUUACAAAACAUAAUUAGGCGGGGAAACCAAUUUAAAAUACAGGUUAAAAUGCAAUUUAAAAUGCAGCCUCAUUUUAAAAGUAACUGAUAAAUCAAGACCAUAACGGGAGGGAAACAUAAGGGUCAGACUGAGUCCAAACCAAAGGCCAAGCGGAACAGCUCCAUCUUGCAGGCCCUGCGGAAAGAUGUCAAGUCCCGCAGGGCCCUAGUCUCUUGUGACAGAGCGUUCCACCAAGUCGGGGCCAGUACUGAAAAGGCCCUGGCCCUAGUUGAGACCAAUCUAAUCACCUUGCGAUUUGGGACCUCCAAAAUGUUGUCAUUUGUGGACCUUAAGGUCCUCUGCGGGGCAUACCAGGAGAGGCAACCCCGUAGGUACGUGGGUCCUAGGCCGCAAGCCUCUGUCCAUUUCUGGGGAGAGUGUUGCUGUCACACCCUGCUUGUGGGCUUCCCCCAAUGGGCCCUUGGUUGGCUGCUGCGAGAACGGGUUGCUGGGCUAGAGAAGGCCACUUGCCUGAUCCAGUCUGGCUGAGCUCUUGACUACGUGCUUCUCCCCAGAAACCUUUUGUAUCCUCACAAGAACCCUGUGAGUCAGGCUAGGCCUGGGGUUACCCACUGAGCUUUGCAGAUGAACCUGUGUGUCGUCGUCCCCACACCCCUCAUCUGACACUAUUCCACCUGUGGGCGGGGGGUGGUGGACCUCUUUGGCCCUCCAGAUCAUCCCUGACCAUUGGACACAUUUGCUAGGGCCGGUGGGAGUUGUGGUUCAGCGGCGUCCAGGGAGCCAAAGCUUUCCGUCCCCCUGCCUAUUCAAUAUACAGUGGAACCUCGGUUUUUGAACGUCAUCCAUUUCAGAAGACUUCUGAAAUGUUUGAAAACAGGAUCAAUGGGUAGUCGGCAAAAAGAUGGAAAAAAGCACUCCUUGGAAUCUGUUCGACUUCCGAGGCGUGUUCAAAAACGGAAGCAAUUACUUCUGGGUUUUCGGCGUCCGGGUUCCAAAUUGUUCGGCUUCCGAGGCGCUCAAAAACCAAGGUUCCACUUGUAUCAGUGUUCAGUGUACCCACAGUUAAAUCCCUGCAAGCUUUCACACAGUGCUUUAAAAGGUCCAGAUCCAGGUACGUACGACUGUCCUUUUUGUUGUGGGAUGAAGAUAUUCCAUCUAACAGGGAGCCACUGCAGAGAAGGCCCUGCUUCUUGGUAACCGCUCCUUCCGCCUUCCGAAGGCAGAGGAGCCUGUUGCGAGGUGUGGGCCCCUGGGUCUACCCAAGCUGGCAGGCACAUCCAGGUUGAGAAGGGAUCUGUGGGGUGGGGGCUCCGGGGCUCUCCAAAACAGUAACCUCCUUUGUGUACCUGUUUUCAGGAAGAGCAGUAUAAUAGUGGCUGCAGAUGAGAGCACAAUCAGUUGGGGCCCGUCUCCGACCUUUGGAGAACUGGUAAGGAGGGCAGACGCAGCUGCUGCGAUAGGCCCACAUCUGGGGGAGGGAAGAAGGAAGGAAGGCUUUUCCAUUGCCGCUUGGUUUGGCCGGGUGAGGACUUGACUCUCGGUCCCAUCGACUCCAGAGGAGGUGACAACGAGAGCUUGGGCUUGAGCAAUCGAUUCCUCUUUCCCAGGGAACUCUGGGAAUUGCAGCGCUGGGAGGGGAAUAGCUGGGUCUGCCAACAACACCUUUAACAAACUACAGCUCCCAUGAUGCUUUGGGGGGGAAGCCAUGGCUGCUCAAAGUGAAUUGUAAUGCUUUCACUCUAUGCUGUGAAAGGCUCUCUCAACACGAGAGAUGAGGCUCCAGACUGGAAAACAGUGCAAUUCACAGCUUUUUAGCAACCGAUUAGGGAUGCUACAGAGCCUAGGACUUGCCAAUCAGAAGGUUGGUGGUUUGAAUCCCCGCAACAGGGUGAGCUCCCGUUGCUCGGUCCCUGCUCCUGCCAACCUAGCAGUUCGAAAGCACGUCAAGUGCAAGUAGAUAAAUAGGUACUGCUCCGGUGGAAAGGUAAACAGCGUUUCUGUGCGCUGCUCUGGUUCACCAGAAGGGGCUUAGUCAUGGUGGCCCCUUGACCCGGAAGCUGUACGCUGGCUCCCUCGGCCAAUAAAGUGAGAUGAGUGCUGCAACCCCAGAGUCGGUCACGACUGGACCUAAUGGUCAGGGGUCCCUUUACCUUUACCUUUAAGCAUCGUGCACUUAAAAAAAAUGUAAUAUGUCAUACAUGGCUUACACUGAUCCAGCUACCAAUUUCUCACACAUACAAAUUAUUAUGAUUUAUUACAUUCUUAGCUCUCCCUCCUUCCAAGGGAGCUCACAAACGUGUGAAUACAAAUGUCAUAAAAACAGUUUGAAAACUCCCAAAUCGCCUGCUUUCAAAGCUGACCCUUUCAGGGGCAAGUCUUUGGGCCAUCAAAUAUCUAGAUUAGUGUUGCAUCAAGCCGGCAGCACAGUGUGGCCUUCGGUUAAUUAUCCUCCUAGUGGCGCAGCAGUAAAGCUGCUAGCACAUUUGCAAAGCUAAGCAGGGUCCGGCAUGGUUUCAAAUUGGAUAGGGAACCACAUGCUGAGGUUCCUGCAUUGCAGGGCGGGUUGGACUAAAUGAUGGCCCACAGGGUCCCUUCCUGAUCUACUAUUCUGCUUUUCUGUAUUCCCUUGCAAAAGUCGGCCUGCACCUCUUGCCAAUGAUGCAAAAGCCAUUUUUGGAAAGCCUUGGUAAGAGGGUCUGCUGUGCACACCGAAGUUCCAAGGUUCAAUCUUCAGCAUUUUCCUGGCAGAUAAGGCGUAUCAGUGGCUACUAGCCACAGGGGCUAUGCUAUGCCUCUGAACCCUAGUUGUUGGAGGCUGCAGGAGGGGGGAGUGUCGCUCUUGCGCUCAAAUUCUGCUUGCAAGUUUCCCACAGGCAUCUGAGAACAAGAUGCUGGACUAGAUGGGCCUGAUCCAGCAGACUCGUCUUACGUCCUUGUCUCCAGGUAGAGCAGGCAAUGUCCUCUUGCCUGAAAUCCAGGAGGGAGCCGCUGCCAGUCAUUGCAGGCAUUAUUGAGCUAGAUGGACCAAAGGUCUGCUCCCAAUGUUUGUAUUUAAAGCAGCUCUUAAUUUACGGGGACUAGAAGCUUCAAGUGGGCUGUGGCUCAGUGGUAGAGCAUCUGCUUUGCAUGCAGAAGUAAUAAUAAUUUAUUAUUUAUACCCCGCCCAUCUGGCUAGGUUUCCCUAGCCACUCUGGGCGGCUCCCAACAAAAUAUUAAAAACGCGAUAAAACUUCAAACGUUAAAAACUUCCCUAAACAGGGCUGCUUUCAAGUGUCUUCUAAAAGUCAGAUAGUUGUUUAUUUCCUUAACAUCUGAUGGGAGGGUGUUCUACAGGGCAGGCGCCACUACCGAGAAGGCCCUCUGCCUGCUUUUCUGUAACCUCACUUCUCACAGGGAGGGAACCGCCAGAAGGCCCUUGGAGCUGGACCUCAGUGUCCAGGCUGAACGAUGGGGGUGGAGACGGUCCUUCAGGUAUACAGGGCUGAGGCCAUUUAGGGCUUUCAAGGUCAGCACCAACACUUUGAAUUGUGCUCAGAAGCUUCCAGGUUCAAUCUCCCAAGAAGGGCUGGGAAUGUCCCCUUUCUGAAAUGCCGGAAAAGAGUUUUUGCCUGUGAAUGUAGGCAACACUGAACUAUUUGGACCAGUGGGUCCGACUCUGCAAGGCAGCUGCCUGGUGCCACCCAGAGACUUACAAGGCAAACAGGUUUCUCAGGACUGAGAUGAUUGAUCUGUUCUAUGGAGGGAAAAGGCUUGAGGUCUGGCCUCCUGACAUUCUGUGCAUUAAAGGUCAGAGCGGAGAACUGCCUUGGCUCUUUAAUUUGGAGAGGGUCUGAGUCCCGUUUCUGUCUUCUCAGGGCUACGGGGACCACAAGCCCAAGUCCUCAACUGCAGCUCAGGAGGUGAAGACUUUGGAUGGCAUCUACACAGAACAGGUAAGAAAGAACAGGUAGCGGCAGCCAGGAACCACCUUGAAGCACCUCGUGCUUCCAAACCUCCUUCUGAAAGUUUCUUGGGUCCUCAAAAAGGCGGUGGGGUAUGUGUCCUGGCCUGGCAACCAACCCCCCUGCCCCAAUCUACCGUAUUGGCCUGAAUAUAAGCCACACUUUUUUCCAAAUUCCAGUUGUGAAAAGUUAAAGUGCAACUUACCGUAUUUUUUGCUCUAUAAGACUCACUUUUUCCCUCCUAAAAAGUAAGGGGAAAUGUGUGUGCGUCUUAUGGAGCGAAUGCAGGCUGCGCAGCUAUCCCAGAAGCCAGAACAGCAAGAGGGAUUGCUGCUUUCACUGCACAGUGAUCCCUCUUGCUGUUCUGGCUUCUGGGAUUCAGAAUAUUUUUUUUCUUGUUUUCCUCCUCCAAAAACUACGUGCAUCUUAUGGUCUGAUGCGUCUUAUAGAGCGAAAAAUACGGUAUAUUCGAGGGCUGUCGGGGGUGCGGGACAACGGUGCCCAUCCCAACCGCGUGCCGCAAAGGGGAAGGGGGGAGGCCAACAGCAAAGGAGCGCAGCUCCCCCUCUCCCAAGAAACAGCACAGGGCAACGGCACACAGCCCUCCGCUCCCCAGCCUGCCCCAGUGCCAGCUUGGGGAGGUAGUGCCUGGAGACGGGCGCGCAGCACACUCGGAACUGAGUGCUGCCUGCUGCCUCCCCACCCCGCUCAGGUGGUAGUGUCGGGAGGUGGGCCAUACCCGCAAAUAAUCCUUGAAUUUUAAAGGCGCGGCUUAUUUGCAGGCGCAGCUUAUAUUCGGGCCAGUGCGGUAAUCCUAGUCGGUGACUGUCGUUGCAUCUUGUGGGAGGGAGGGUUGCCGAUGACCACCAACGUGGAUCACAUUAAAAGAGGGUUAGACCAAUUCAUGGAGCAAAAUAAGGCCAUGUUCUUGUUGGGAUGUGUCCAAGGGAACGGGGGCAAUUGGCAGGCCCCCAGCUGGCUCCAGCCCACCGGACAGCAGCCGGGCGAACUCCGGUCCUCGGAUCAGCAUGUAUCUGCGACCCAAGCUUCUGAAACCUUCAGAAGCUGAGCAUGCAAGCCAGCAGAGAUAAGAACUCUGUGCAUAUUAGAGGCUGUGUAAAGUGUAUUUAGGGACACGGGUGGCGCUGUGGGUUAAACCACAGAGCCUAGGACUUGCCGAUCAGAAGGUCAGCGGUUCGAAUCCCCGCGAUGGGGUGAGCUCCCAUUGCUCAGUCCCUGCUCCUGCCAACCCAGCAGUUCAAAAGCACGUCAAAGUGCAAGUAGAUAAAUAGGUACCACUCCGGCGGGAAGGUAAACGGCAUUUCCGUGCGCUGCUCUGGUUUGCCAGAAGCGGCUUAGUCCUGCUGGCCACGUGACCCGGAAGCUGUAUGCCGGCUCCCUCGGCCAAUAAAGCAAGAUGAGCGCCGCAACCCCAGAGUCGGCCGCGACUGGACCUAAUGGUCAGGGGUCCCUUUAUCUUUAAAGCGUAUUUACAGGCAUUUUAUUCAGCAUCAGGACAAAGGAAAAACAUGUCUGCUCCCCUUCGUGUCUAAGCAAACAGCAUAAGCAAGAGCUAUACACACAAACGAAGUUCCCAGCAAGGUGUGGGUGCUGUUUCUGAGGGUCCUGUUUGCGGGCUCGGCUUUGUGUGGCCUCUGGCUGGCCGCUCUUGAGAACAGGAGGAGGCCGGACUAGAUACCCCCAACUUUGGAUCUUCCUAACACCCCUGCGCUGUCUUUUUUCGCUUUGCUCAGGUGGCGAUGGGCUAUGCCCACUCCCUGGCGAUUGCCCGCGACGAGAGCGAGGCCGAGAACGAGAAGCUGAAGAAGCUGCCAGAGUACAACCCGCGCACGCUCUGACCCACGCGGGGGCCUCUUCCUCCUCCUCCUCCCCGCCGCCCCACACCCCCUGACAAGGCAGUCGCUGCUCCCGUCGUGUGCAAUGGGGACAUGGGAUCCGUACGCGAUGGGGAGAUUGCAGGCACCGGCACUCGUCUCCUUAGGCUACCCAAGAUUUCGUAUUUGAUAAGCAAUUUGAAGCUUCCAGCUACCAGUUAACAUUGACUUCCCCGCCCACCCUGCCCUUUUCCCUAAGACAGGUUGCUUUGUAUUUUGGUUUCUUUGGGGGGGGGGCAUGGAGGUGGGACAUUACAUCAAGAGAGAUCUGCUUCUUUUGAAUUUUGAUGAAAAUGGCAGGACUGUUUGUCCAAAUUCGCCCAUUUUUUCUGUUUUCCUUUCCCAUAGCCGAUAUUUUGUUAAGCGGCAGACCAGUAACCAGCGUUUUGAGAAGGGUGAAGGCUAACCCUUCUUCCCCCCCCCCCUCCCCUGCAGCUGGAAACGAUUUCCUCCUUUGUGGAAGGGACCAUCUUUCUUGUAUAUAUAUAUUUUUUGUUCCCAAGAAACCUCGAGGUCUCUGCAAGGAGGCGGUCCUUAAAGUAUCUCAGAUUUUUUUUUUAAAGGGUGCCUGCUGCACUACAGAUUUCCACAAGCUCGAGACUUCUGCAAAAGGUUUUUUUCUUAAUUACGUAGAUUUUUCUGUUGAUGAGGUGCCUCCCGUACUGCAGAUUUUCAUAAGCUCCCCACCUGCUAAAACAGGGGAGUGGGGAACCCUCUGAUGGCGCUGCGGGCUGCAACCCCCAUCAGCCCAAGACAGCAUGGCCAGUGGCCAGAAGCGAUGGGAAUUGUAGUCAAGAAUUCCAAAAGGCACCUCAGCUGACUGCUCCUGUCUUGGGGCUGUUAUAAAUACCAGGCCAGUCCACCACACGGGGGCGCUGUCAGAUUCGGCAGCCUCCUAGCGAAUGGUUGAAUUUAUUUGCAGAGCCCCAGGAAUGGGGGGGGGGGGGGAGAAGCAGGAAGAUCGACCCUUGGUUUGAAUUGGGGAUAAAAUUGAGUUGAUAGAGAAUUUAAAUUCCUGAUUCAGCUACUUGGAUGGAAGGAAUCUCCUUCCUUCUCCCACUCACUCCACUAUUUCCACUCUUCUUAACCAAAUUCCAUGUGAGCCUCAUGGAUCCUUCUGGCAAGGGAGAGGGAGUUUAUCCCCCCCCUCCAAAAAAAAUCAGGGCCACGCUUGCAGCUGGUGCAAGUUGCAAGGGUGUCCCUCAUGUACGUUGCAGAUGCCCAUAGGCUUCGGCCCCCCCCCCCAUUUAAAAUGGCUACAGUUCCAGGUUUUAGGCGCCUUGGGUGGGGUGGUGGGGUUCACAGUUAUGCAAUGGUGCUUUGGGACGACUUAAAAGAACCGCUCAGCCUCCUCGAUGAAAUAUUAGUUGGCCCCCGGAUUCCUGUUACAAGUCUAUUAGUUCCUUCUCCCUUCUGCGGCCGUGUGUUGUGUUGAAGAAAUUUUGGUGCCUUUGAAACAGAACUUGCCUCCUCUCUGUCCCAGCAUGAACUCCCUUUUUUUCUAGCAGUAGGUCCCUUCUCUCCCCCCCCCCUUCCCUUCCCUUGAAUCUGCUAGCUCUCUGAUUGCUUUGGGAGGAAUGGGGGGUCCUCCCAGAUGGGCGACGUUAGCCCCAUACCACGUUAACAUUUGCAGGUUCGGAGUUCUUGAAAAGGUUGGGGGCUUUUCCGGGAUGCUGGGUUAAAGGGAGC